AUGAAGGAAUCGGAUCUGACCACCGAACCCAUCGCCCAGAAUCUCAUCAAGCUAAUCAGCAAUGUCUGUUUCUCAGUCUUCGUCUUCACCGUCCUCAUCUUCACAGUAAUCGCCGUCACAUACCAACCGCCAGAUCCAUGGCUCGAAUCCGCUCCAGCGCUAACCAAACUCCUCACCGGAACCGAAAACGCAACUUUCAAAAUCGACGGCACUACACUCAACACCGGCGAAGACAUCGCUUCCUCUUCUUCUCCGAUACCACCUCCGGCGAACUCCACGGAACCGGUCACCGAAGCAACGAUCGAGCUAUCCGAGGAGAAGAUCGGGAACAUGACGGUGGUGAACUCUUCUUCCGUCGAUUGCGACGAUCUGAAAACCGUGAAUUGCUCGGAUCCGAGAGUCUUAGUCGCUGUUGAGAGAUUCAACCUGAGAGUUUUCAAAUCGAUAGUCUUCUUAGAGUACGAAACUCCCGUUAACGGAUCGAAUCCAGACGAAUGCGACGUCUCCUGGAGAUUCAGGAACAAAAAGGAGAAAUCGUGGAGAAGAUACAGAGAUUUCAGGAGGUUCAAAUUCGGAUUCGGCGAGAAUUGUACAUACAAAGUGUUUCACACCAGUGGUUGGCACUCUGGCGUCAAUGCUCGUAAGCCUAGGAUCAAGCCAAGCUCGCCGACGACGAGCAGAGGCAAAGGAAGUCGCGACCCCGAGAUCAACGACACGAUCCCGACUCUCGGCUCGCAGACGAAUUUCAGGAGAGGGAAGUAUCUGUAUUACUCGAGAGGAGGAGAUUACUGUAAAGGUAUGAAUCAGUACAUGUGGAGUUUCUUGUGUGGGUUAGGUGAAGCAAUGUACUUGAAUCGGACGUUCGUGAUGGAUUUGAGUCUGUGUUUGUCUUCAAGUUACAGCUCAAAGGGGAGAGACGAAGAAGGUAAAGACUUUAGGUACUACUUCGAUUUCGAGCAUUUGAAAGAAACUGCCUCCAUUGUUGAAGAAGGUGAGUUCGUGAGAGACUGGAGGAAAUGGAACCGGUUGCAUAAACGGAAAGUUCCGGUUAGGAAGGUGAGAUCGCAUAAAGUUUCUCCUUUGCAGCUGAGUAAAGACAAGAGCACGAUUAUAUGGAGGCAGUUCGAUGCGCCUGAGCCUGAGAACUAUUGGUAUCGAGUGUGCGAAGGGCAGGCCUCGAAGUAUGUGGAGAGGCCGUGGCACUCGCUGUGGAAGUCGAAGAGGUUGAUGAACAUUGUGUCUGAGAUCAGUGGGAAGAUGGAUUGGGACUUUGAUGCGGUUCAUGUGGUGAGAGGAGAGAAAGCGCAGAACAAGAAGCUCUGGCCGCGUUUGGAUGCGGAUACAUGGCCUGAUGCGAUUUUGAGCAAGCUUAAAGGAAUGGUUCAACAGUGGAGGAAUUUGUAUGUUGCUACUAAUGAACCGUUUUAUAAUUACUUUGAUAAGUUGAGGUCUCAGUACAAGGUUCACUUGCUUGAUGAUUAUAGCUACUUGUGGGGGAACAAGAGUGAGUGGUACAAUGAGACGAGUCUGUUGAAUAAUGGUAAACCGGUGGAGUUUGAUGGGUACAUGAGAGUAGCUGUUGAUACGGAAGUGUUUAUUCGGGCGAAGACGAGAGUUGAGACGUUCUAUAACCUUACCACGGAUUGUAAAGAUGGGAUCAAUACAUGCUGA